AUUCUGCUGUGGCAGGCUGAGGUGUGGGCCUCGAGCCAGUGGAGGGAGUAUCCAUCUCUGCCGAGACGGCCGGGGGAGAGGGCCCUCCUCAAGGCCAAGGCUCUUUGUGGAGGAGGGAGCACUGGACGCCUGGUCAAGCCUGAGGGGCCUAGAUGAACACAGUAGCUCAGAGGAGCGCCCACUUUGCCUGCUCUAACCCGGACCUUUGCCCUCACUCCGCUCCAGCUCCUCCAGCCAUGGACUCGGCAGCCAGGGACAAAACGCAGCCUGCACUCCCCACUGGCUCUUCCUGCCCAGGGCUGGAGUGGUCGGAGCAGGAAAGGGCGGAGCAGCUGGCCCGGGGUGCAGCACUCAAGUGGGCCUCGGGCAUCUUCUACCGGCCAGAGCAGCUGGCCAGGCUGGGCCAGUACCGGAACCGUGAGGUGCAGCGGACCUGUUCUCUGGAGGCGCGCAUCAAGUCAGUGGUGCAGUCAUACCUGGAGGGUGUGAAGACCGGGGUGUGGCAGCUGGCCCAGGCCCUCGAGGCCGUACAGGGAGCCCGCAAGGCCCUGGGCCAGGCCCGUGGGCUGCUCCGGGAUAUGGCUGAGGCUGCACAGACCCUAGAACCCCUGCGGGAGCAGGUUGUGGAACACAAACAACUGCAGGCCCUGUCUCAGCUGUUGCCCCGGCUGCGAGCUGUGCCAGCUGCAGUGGCCCACACACAGACCCUGAUUGAUGCCCAGCGGCUCUUGGAGGCCUAUGUAAGCCUUCGGGAACUGGAGCAGCUGCAAGAGGAGACAUGCACACCUCUUGGGGGCCUGGAGUUGCCAGUCUUCGAGGGGCUGGGCCCUCUGGCUGAGGCUCUGGGCCAGGCUGUGGAGGCGGCCGCAGGGGCUGCAGGGCAGCUGGCCCGGGAGAACCCAGCCUUGCUGGUGGCUGCUGUGCGUGUGGCCGAGGUGGAUGCUGGGUGCACCACCUCCCUGGAGCAGGCUCCUCGGGACUGGCGGCAGCGCUGUCUGCGUGCACUACAGCAGGGCUUGGAGCGGGUCCACUUCGGGACAUCUCUGCAGCCUGGGCCUGGGGAACUAGCAAAGUGGCUGGAGGCUCUGCGGGUGGCUCUGCCAGCCGAGUUGGCCAUGGCUGAGGCUCUGGUAGCACCCUGCUGCCCACCACACUACAAAGUUGUCCAGUUGUGGGCCCACACCCUGCAUGGUGGCCUGCGGCGCUGCCUGCAGCAACUCCUGGAAGGGCCUGAGUUGGAAGAAGCCGACACCUUCACCCUGCUGCACUGGGUGCUGCAUGUGUACCAGGGGCCAGAAAUGAUGGGGAGCCUGGAGUUGGGGCCUGAGGCUGACGUGUCUGAUCUGGAGCCCCUCCUGACCCUGGAAAACAUUGAGCAGUUGGAGGCAACAUUUGUGGCCAAAGUCCAGGCAAAGGUGGCCCAGUGGCUGCAGAAGGCACUGGAUGGGGAGGUAGUCGAGUGGGGCCGAGAGCAGGGACCCGACACAGACCUGUCUGGCUUCUACCACUCGCCAUUGCCAGCCAUCGUGCUGCAGAUCCUGGAGGAGAACAUUCGUGUGACCAGAAUAGUCAGUGUGUCACUGGAGCAGCGGGUGCAUGGCAUGGCACUGUCAGAACUGAGCGCCUUCCUGAGGAGCUUCACUGAUGCUCUGAUCCGAUUCUCCCGAGACCAUCUCAGGGGGGAAGCAGUGGUCCCUCAUUACGUGCCCUACCUACUGGCCACCCUCAACCACCAGUUAGCACUCAGCUCCUCCGUAUCCGUCCUGCAGCCCAAAUGGGUGGUUCCCGGAGUCUUGGCUCCGGUGGAGGCAGAGCUGGACAAGUUGCAGAAGAGGAUCUGUCGCCUGGUGUUGGAGGCGCUGCUGGCGGAGCUACAGCCCCUAUUCGCGGCUCUGCCCUCGCGUCGCUGGCUCUCAAGCCCAGAGCUGCUGGAUGACGUGUGCAAGCGGACGGCGCGAUUCUGCCAGAACUUUCAGCACGUGCGGAAUCCCGCGGUCCAGCUGUUGCUGGUCGAGGCGGAGCGUACGGUGGUGCUGCAGUACUUAAGUGCGCUGAUGCAAGGCCGCCUAGUCUGCAGCGGUGCUGACGAGAGGACCCAGGCGGCCGAGCGCAUGCAGCACGAUGCGGCCCAGCUUCAGGAGCUUUUCCUCGGUUUGGGCCUGGAGGAGAGCGUUCAGUGUGCGCCAGUGCUGCUUGCAUUGAAGGAGCUGCUGAACCUCCGCGACCCUACGCUACUUGGCCUCGAGGUGGCAGGCUUGAGGCAACAGUUUCCCGACGUGAGGUGCGAAGACGGGCCGGGAAGGGAGGAGACCCAGGAGCGGCUGGGCGGGGCUAACGCACCCGUAACUCCACAGCGAGGAUCAUGUCUCCGCCCUCCUGGACCUGCGCGGAGACGUGUCCCGAGAGCAGCGCCUGGCCGCACUCAGCUCUCUGCGGGCCGGCCCGCAGCCCUCGCCCCAAGCUGGUCGCCGAGCACUUUUCAGCCUCGUGCCAACACCUGCACCCUCGCUGGCCUCCUGCUUCCCCUCAGGGUCCUGUGCCUGACCCCUGACUGCCCGCAGAAUAAAGUCACGUCCCCGUACGCCUGAAUUGUACGUGUUGGCGAAGGGUGGAUGAAAUAAAAGUGCCCACGAAGGGCAGGGGGUCCAAGUGCAGUGACACACCUAAGA